AUGGAGAAUCUGCCUCAAGAUGGUAAUGUCCUAGGAGGAAUUGAUCCAAGAGCUGAUCAUCUUAGACCACAGCACCGGUUGGGAAUCAGAGCACCAGCUGUGGAGAACAACAACUUUGAGAUCAAGUUAGGGCUGCUCAACACUAUAGAGAACAACAAGUAUCAUGGUCUUGCUGUUGAAGACCUUUUUGAUCACUUGUACAAGUUUGAUAAGUAUUGUGGCUUGUCCAAGAUGAAUGGUGCACACCAAUGGGAGAAGACUCUUCCAAGUGCCACUGUCACUACUUGGGAUGAGUGCAAGAGAGCUUUCCUAGACAAGUUUUUCUCUACUUCAAGGAUAGCUAAGAUCAGGAACGAAAUCUAUGGGUUUCAACAGAAAAGUCUAGAGAGGUUCAGUGAAGCAUGGGAGAGGUUCAAGGGCUAUUGGUCUCAAUGUCCUCAUCAUGGUUUCAGCAAAGUGAGUUUGCUUAGCACCUUCUAUAGAGAAGCUCUAUCACAGUGCAGAAACAGACUUGAUACUGCUAGCAAUGGUUUCUUCUUGGGAAGAACUGAGGAAGAAGCAGAGGAACUGGUAGAGAACAUGGCCAAGAGUGACUCAAUCUACAGUGAGGAGCAUGAUAGGAUCAACAGAAGUGAUGAUCGGCAGACAAAGAAAGAGCUGAAGUCUCUCCAAGCCAAGUUGGAUCUACUUCUUGCAGAAAAGGCUAAGCAGGAGAAGAUGAACUUUGUUGGUGACCAGAUUCAAGAGGCACCUCCAGUGAUCAAUGAGGUUGAUAGUUUAGAAGGCCAAGAGGAGUUGUGCUUCAUCAAUGCUAAUGGCACAUGGUACAAGAAAGAGCCCAACUUUCAGUACCAAAACAACUACCAGCAAAGGCCACUCUACAACAAUCAGCAAGGAGGUUACCAAGCCAACCAGUCUCCUCAGACUCACGAAAGCUCUUCUCAAACUCAAACUCCAGAUUCAAGUGUGGAUUUUAUGUUCAAGCAACUCUUGGAAUUUCAGGCCAGAAAUGAGAAGACCAUGAUUUAUGAGUUCAAGAACAUCCAUGCAAAGAUUGAUGAGAAUUAUUCUGACCUCAACAACAAGUACAUGCAACUUGCCUCUCAUCUCAAAGCUUUGGAGAAUCAAGUUGCUUCUAUGCCUUCAUCCUCCAAGCAGCCAAUGGGGUCUUUACCAAGAAAACUAGAAAAGAACCUCAAGGAGUCUUGCAAUGCUGUCUUCUCCACUACUUCUCCAAAGAUUGAGCUGAGUGAUCAUGAGAAAGAGGAGGAUGAGAUUGAAAGAUUAGUAUGUGGAGCUGAGUUUGGGGAAGUUGAGAGAUUUGUUGUAGCCACAGCUGAAGCACAAAUUGUGAAAGAUGCUGCCACAAAGGUUGAAGCAACGAAUCUGCAAAGAACUGAGCACAAGGCUGACAACAAGCUGAAAGAGGUUAAGCUAGAGGAAGCAACUAAGGUUGAGCUAUCACCCUAUGAUAAACUCCCUUUCCCCCAAAGAGUUCUCACCAAAGCUCAGAAGAAGGUGCUCUCUAAAUUUAGAAAAGAUCUUACUGAUGUUGGGGUCAGGUUUCCAGAAAUCUCGGGUAUGCGUGAAGCUCAUGUCCAGAUGAUGCUCAUCAAUGACAUUCUAGACCACCAAGCUGAAGUGGCUGAGCUUUUGGACAUCUCCAUUAUGAAGAUUGAUCCACCAAUCCCUCCAAAGUUCCUCCCUAAGAUUAAGUCUCAAGGGAUGUUCACCUUGCCUUGCAACCUUGGCAAGUUCACUUUUGAUGAUGCUCUUGUUGAUUCUGGUGCAAGUGUAAAUGUGAUCUCAAUAGAGAUGAUGAAGAGCCUAGGGAUUGAGAGCAUGGAGCCAAACAUAUCUUCACUACAGUUUGGAGAUUCCUCUUCUACAACUCCUAUUGGUCUCAUCAAGGACUUCCCUUUGAAGAUUGGAGCAUGCAUAAUUCCUAUAGACCUCACUGUUCUGAAGAUGGCAACUGAGAAGAGAGUCCCAUUGAUCCUUGGCACUCCAUUCCUUACAACAGUGGGAGCUUGCAUAGACUUUGCCAACAAGAAGACAAAGGCUGAAGGGGUUGGUAUUGAGAAAGAAAGUCUUGCUGGAGAGUCCUCUAAAGAGCUGUGUGAUGCGCACUUGGAAAGUGCUAAAAAGUUGGAAGUGAGUAGAGCUACAAAGGUUGCUCAUGACAAGAAGAAGAUUGUGAAAGAACCUCAACCUCCACCUCUUGAUAAGACUCUUCACACUCUCACUCUCCACCCAAUGAAGCUUAAAGAUGGGGCCAUUGAGUACAAAAUCAAAUGCAAGGGGAGGUCUAAGUCAUUCUCAAGUGCAAGGGCCAUCAUCACUCCUCAGCUCCAAGAUGAUCCAAUCAAGCUUCAAGAGCUUCUCUCUCAAGUCCUCACCAUCACUCUUGAAGGUGGGAAAGAUCCUCCUCUUCAUUAG